AUGGUUCGCUCGAUUCACGGGAACACUCAAUGCAGGAAGCUAGGUAGCCGAGGUGGUGCUGGCGGCUACAUCUCAGGCUAUAUAAAACUCGAUUCUCCGGUAACCGCAUACGCCACGAUUGGCGGUAAAGGGAAUUACUCCUUUACAAGAUAUUCGGAGCACACAGAUGCUGAUUACCUCCCCGAAAAUUUAGUUCUAGGAGGGUAUGGCGGUGGUGGAGCUGCCGCAAAUUUCUAUGGUUCCAUUACCAAUUAUGGAGCGGGAAGUGGUGGUGGCCAAACCGCAGUCAAAUUUAAAGAAAAUGAUCUUUGGCACCGAGUCAUUGUGAGUGGUGCUGGCGGUGGCUCUGAUAACCACAUCUCAGGUCUUGAUAUUUUUUCUGGCCCAGAUGAUGGCUCCGGCGGUGCUGGAGGAGGCCUUGAAGGCCAAGGAUUUUGGAUUGAUGGAAAUUUAACGUCUGAUUUUAUCGCGAAUUCCACCUUUGGAUUCACUUUUGGAUUCGGAGAGACAGCACAGAAAGAUAAAUCGAAAAGUCCAUUUGGUAGAAAAGGUGAAGGAGUUCGUCAUAGUGACCGAGCUGGCGCAGGAAGUGGAUGGUUUGGCGGAUUUGCCAGCCAUAGUGGAAAUGGAGGUGCUGGUGGAGGCUCUUCAUGGGCAUUGACAAAAGAUGCAAUAAUUCCAACUGGGCCAAUUAGUUCUCGUGGAACAUUGUUUCUUUAUGAUAAAAGUCUCCCAUACGCGUUCACAAAGGAGAGUGGUUAUCUGUUUGAGGGAGUUACGACAUAUCCAGGUGUUUGGGAUGGAAACGGAAGACUUGUAAUACAAAUUGUUGAUGAAAAUGAAUUAAUUUAUGCUCAACAGUUCAAAGUAGACUCUGCAUUCCUCUCAAUUGGCUUUUCUAUACAUGUUUAG